GGCUGUUGUGUUAUUGGGCUAUGCCGGCAGCGGGUGGAGUCGGGGUGUUUUUUGCAUUUUAAAAAGUCCCAGGCCAGUAGCUGGCCGUAAAACAAGCGGAGUCAAGGUUUAAAAAUUAUUUCUUCCACUAUCUCCUUACAUUUGCUCUUUUCUCCCCGAAGAUGGCGGAGGCUCUGGGGGUGGCUGACACCCGUAGGCUUCACAGUAAACCGCAGGAUUUAAACGACGCGUACGGGCCUCCCAGCAACUUCCUCGAGAUCGACAUCUUCAACCCGCAGACAGUCGGGGUCGGUAGGAGUAAGUACACCACAUACGAGGUCCGAAUGAGGACAAAUCUUCCCAUUUUUAAGAUGAAGGAUUCAUGUGUGCGCAGGCGAUACAGUGACUUUGAAUGGUUAAAAAGUGAAUUGGAGAGAGACAGUAAGAUUGUUGUGCCACCACUACCAGGAAAAGCUUUGAAACGUCAACUACCAUUCAGAAUGGAUGAAGGAAUUUUUGAAGAGUCUUUUAUUGAAGAAAGAAGAGCUGGAUUAGAACAAUUCAUUAACAAAAUUGCAGGUCACCCAUUGGCCCAGAAUGAACGCUGCCUGCAUAUGUUCUUACAAGAGGAAAGCAUCGAUAGGAAUUAUGUACCUGGCAAAAUUCUUAAUGCAGUUGACUUGGGACCAGCGUAAAACAUUUUCCAGGAAAAUCAAUUUGUGCUGUAAAAGAUUACUUGAGCAAUAUUCACAUCUAGUUGUUGCAUAAAACUCUUUUAUAAUGUUGAAGUGAAAUAUAACAGGCAUUUCUUCUACCAACUGCCUUUUGGUUGUUUGCUUUAAAAUUUUAAGCUAUCUUUGUUCUGCCAUAAACUUUUAGCAGUGGUGUUCCAGAUGAGUUACAAUGCUGUGUUGUGUUUUUUAACACCAUACCUCCAUUUAUUGGCCCAUUACCUCCUGGAGUAUCAUGGAAUGUAGUACAAGCACGAAACAUCUAGCUAUGUUUAAAAGCUGUUGCUUCAUGUAGUGAGUGGCGAUGAGGUUGAAGGGGUGUCUACUUUUUGCUAAACUACCAAUUGUGUGAUUUUAUAGUUUUAUUUUUCUCCCAAAUCCAGAGUCUAAGUGGGCCACUAAAGACUAGUAGGGGAAGCAAAUCUGAGUCACCUGCAGCACUUCAGACGAUAAAGCUGUUAACAAAUUAUCAUUUGUCUAAAUUAUUCAUUCUGCCCUUCUGACUUGUUCUUUAUUCCCUUCUGUACUGCCUAAUGAACUUUGGUUUUUUCCCAAUUUUAACUGCUCAAAUCUAAUCUUGCAUGAGGAUAACUCUUGUAGUUGACACUAGCACUUAAUCACAAUAUUGUACUCCUGUCCAUCUAGAAUUCUGUAGGAUUUGUUUUGUUUCCAACUUCUGAGGAAUGGUUUAAAGAAUAAAUUCCUCCUGCUUUUGAGGAUGUGGGAAUUGGUAGAUGGCCAUGAGGAGAGAUGCCUCAACUGCUUGGUAUCCAAGGGAAAUCCAUGACUUGCUGUUAUAGAUUUAUUCAUUGAAUUUGAAGCCUACAUCUUGAUGUAGUCAAGCAACUUGAAGACAGAGUACCUGAUUUUACUUUUUCUUUGCAGCUUGAAGUUUGUUCUGUUCUCAUGCACUUUUUUUUAUAUAGCUAGGAUGGUUACCCUCUGCAGACCUUUGGAAUUUUGGACCUCUUGACAUGUUAGUCUGAAUGGGUUUGUGGACUUUAGUUGUUAGUAGCCUGAAGGGAGGGAAAUGCCAAACAAUGAGUGAAAAUGUCUAAGAUGACACUUGUGUAGGCUGGACAUCAUUUUUGGGAUGAAACUGCAAUGGGAGGAGGGGGCAGGGAAGGAAAAACCUUCUGUUAGAAUCUCUUGGAGUAAGUGUACUUUAAUAGUGCAACACCAAAUGGAUUUUGUGUAAAUCACCAGUCCUGUUCACUUUUUUUUUUUUUUUUUUUAAAUACCCUUGUUACAACAAAUCCAUUAACUGCUUAUUGAAAUUAUUAAAGGUUUCUCAUCUAGUUUGGCAUUUCAAAAAUGUGAGAAUCUUUUGGUUAAGUACUUUUCAUCCCUGUCUGCUUAAUGCUAUCAUUCUUAUUGGGUUUGUGAUGUAAUAUUUUAUCUUUGUUAAAGAUCAAUAUGAAAUGCCAUUUCUUUCCCACUGAAACCAGAAAUGGAUGUAUUGCUUUACUAGCUAAAUUUGGUUGAAUACAAGUUCAUUGUUGUCAAAGCAUUCCUCAUAAGCAACAUUCCUCAGUAUUAGUCAUUUUUGUCUUUUGUACAAUUACUUAGAUUUUUAAUUUUAGGUGGGUUUUUUUGUGUGUAUGUAUAUACCAAGAAAAGAUGACUCUUGCUAUAUUAAGUAGCCUUCCCCUUAAUCCACAGUUUUGUCUGAUCUGUCUAAUAUGUUCACUUAUUCAUUCAUAUUAAACUGUGAAAUCAC